ACAGGAGACAGUUUUUUGCAGAUUUGAGUGGCAGCUAAUCUCUCAAAUUAAUAAAAAAACAACUUUCUUCCUCUGUGACAAGUUUAGGAUGCGGGAUAACAUGUCCACUGGAUAAUCUCCAUAAAUAAAUCUUCCGAGUGCAGACUGUAGAGGGACCGAGGAGAGGAGGAGGUGUCCCCGGGCAGAAGUGACGGAGGUGACGGAGGUGACGGAGGGUGAUGGAGAUGUUGCGCCGCUCUUCUGUGUUCGCAGCCGAAGUGUUCGACCGCUCGUCCAACGACAAGGAGCUGGUGUCCCAGGCCAAAGCGCUGUGCAGGGACUACAUCCACUCCAGGCUCAACCGGGCCGGGAUAGGCUGGUCUAAGCCCGAACACGGACGGGCUGCAUCGGGCGGGGCGCUGGGGGAGAUAUCGUCGGUACUGCUGUGGCUGGGUGAUGAGUUGGAGUACCUUCGGCCUAACGUGUACCGCAACGUAGCGCGACAGCUCAACAUCACGGUGGCGUCAGAGAGCAUUGUGUCUGAUGCCUUCCUGGCUGUGGCCGCAGACAUUUUCUCCACAGGUGUGACAUGGGGGAAGGUGGUGUCUUUGUACGCCGUGGCAGGAGCCCUGGCAGUGGACUGUGUUCGCCAUGGUCACCCAGCUAUGGUCCAUACCAUUGUCGACUGCAUGGGGGAGUUUGUCAGGAAGAGCCUGACCUCCUGGUUAAAAAGGAGAGGGGGCUGGGUGGAUGUAACGAAAUGCGUGGUGAACACUGAUCCCAGCUUCCGCUCUCACUGGCUGGUGUCUGCCGUCUGUGCCUUCGGACACUAUCUGAAGGCCACCGUGUUGUACCUCCUCAGAGACACGUGAAAGACAAAGUCACACACUGUUUUUUUUUAGCGUACACCACCACCACCACCACCACCAGCACUCCACUGCUUUGGAUUAUGUUUACACUCGUUUGCACUGAGCCUUUAUGGACGAACGCCUAUCCAUUCACAGAAAACAGACUCUCCGUGCUUCCUCUGCUUCCUAUGCUAGAUUGGCUAUUUCUUGUAGACGGUGAGGUUUUAGCACACUUGUGACACAAAUGUAUAAAAUCACCCACCAGUAAUGUUUUUAGCUUAGAAUUUGUUUCACAAUCAGCAGAACUGCCCAUUUAGCUUCCUGUUUGGCAGAGGCUUGGCUGCCCCUAGUGGAUGAAAUGGUAACUACUGUACUUGGUUGUUCAAAAACCUCCACUUCUCACCUGGGUGGCAUAUAUGGCUCAGCAGACCAGUUGCACGCCAGAUAAAAGCAAAAUACAACAUAUUUUCCUAUAAUUUGGGGACUGUACGAAAAUUAUUAAUUUAUAUUAUUUCAAAAGAGGGGAAGAGUAUAGGAGGGUUUUUGUUUUUCUCCUCCCUCAAGAUUUAUAUUGUGUUUAAGCCCUCUCUUGUCAGAAUAAUGAAAAAGAGAGGGACCAAAUAGUUACGAUUGGCUGUAUGGAAAAAAAGUGAGUAAAUGUUAUCUCUACAAACAGUUGUUCAUUUAUGAUAUUCUGAAUCAUAACACAAAGGUAGAACAAAUUAAAUGUGCCAUAAAGGCCUGUCAAAUAAUUUAAGUUCAUAUAUAUAUAUACACAUUGCCAACUUGUUCUACUAAUUUGGUGAAAUGAAACGUUUUGAACGAGGUACCACUAACUUAUACAUGUUUAUAUUGUGGAACACCAUCUUAAAUGAUAUAUGCUUUUCCUGCUCAAGUUAUCAGUGAAACAGGUCGGGCCCACUCAGUACUCUCAUAAUAUUUGAAACUAUAAGAUGCAGCCCCCCUCCCAGCCCUAAGAAGUUUUGUACAGUCCCUAAUGAGUCUGAUGCAUUGAGCCUAUGAUAACUACAUAUGUGUAUUUCAGGCAGCAUUGUAAACUUAUUGCAACUUUUUCUCUUUCUUCAUUGUUCACUGUGAGACAGUGUAUGCAUUGCUGUACUGUAAUUGCAAUAAUGCAAGUUACAGUACAUUUUCUAGAGCUAGAGCACUUUGAUAACAUUUUGUGAGCAUAAUUUAUUCCAUGAAUAAUUUCACUUUUAUAUGGCACGUAGCACUUGGAGUCCUAGAAAAAAAACUAAUGUUUGUGAGUUCUCUGCAACUGUAAAUAUGAACAAUAAUAAAAUGGUUCUUA